UGCACGAGCUAACUGCAACAUUCGGUAUGACGACCAGCAAUAUACUGGCGAGCACAUUUAGCAUGAAAGGCAAGGGUACGUUGGAGUGUAUAGACGAGCAGACUUUGAUAGCUUUUUCUACAGACAAAGCGAGUCGGACGAAAGGUGCUCAAAUUCGGCAGAAUAUAGGAAACACCAAACACAAGCACCCGAAUACGAAGAAUCGGCCAUUCUUAUGCCAAUUCAACUGCUGCAACACAUACAAAAGCGAAGAUACUAGGCGUAGGCACUACAGGCGAUCUCACAACCAAGAGUGGGUCCUAGCUAAGCGAUCCAGACAGAAUACUCUGAGGAAACAGAAUAGUCUAAAGGCCGCAUUCGCUGCUUCUUUACAGCAUUCCGAUAGUGUUCCAAUUCCACAAGAACAGAUGGUCAGCAUCGAUUCAAUGAGAUCGAAUAUCCCACUGCCAAAUAACUCGACCGUUCAAACACGGGUCUACGGCAGCACUCAUUCGCGCCCCUAUGAACGUAGCAUGUCAUCCACAUCUACGCAUUCCACAAGCUCUACGGCGUCAAGCAAUGUAUACUUCUCAUUCCAAGCCACGCAACACGAUGGCGAGGCAACCAUGAGUUCAAGGCUAAGCCAAUCUAGCGGCGCCUGGGUCAAACCGAUACAAUUUGGUCCUCUAACUCAAAGUGCCGAUAUACAGCAACCGAGCGAUCCGAUAUCGCCGUGUGGUGGAGGAGAAAUGUUCGCUCAGCAGGUGAGCCAAGACUUGUUCGGUGCGAUGUCCAGUGUUGUCGGCCAAGAUUAUUCCGCUCCGGCACUAUAUACACAGAACAAUCCACUAUCUCAGUCUUUCGACCCAAAUGUGACGCACGACUUCGUACUCCAUGCACCAGUUGCGCCCGUGUCAACCACCAACUCCAUUGCAGAAUUUGAGCAUUUCCUGCGACAGCUUGAAACAUACAGUCAAUAGUUCGAUCAAUCAGAAUCACUUCAAUAAAUUAGCGUCGCAUUUUAUGUCGUUGUUGUUUCCACUGAAGCUUCGUGUUCCUCCUCGGCUGUAAUAUCUACUGACUUGUAUAUCAGUGGUGAGGCCUGCAUGAAUGGAUAGUUACCAAUUAAGUUCUCAGCCCACAGACUAAUAUUUUCUUGCGUAUACGGAUAUGCCAUUGCUAAGCUAACCACCUCAAAUGAUUCAUUAGCCACCUCAGUAACGUCCCCACUUUGCACACCCACACUUAGCGUAUAGUAAGGGGCCUGUUGCCUGUCGAACCAAUUCAGGUGCGGUCCCUCCACCAGAACACAAGUCACCACGCGAUCGUCCCCAUCACCUGAAUACAUGUCUUGUAAGAUCUUGAGUCUCUGGGUGUGCACAGGCGACUCAGCACUCGUGAUGAACAUAUGCACAGUCCGAUCUGUUUCUUGUGAUGG